CGGCGCCGGGCAGUGGCUCCCUCCCUCCCGGCCCUGCCCCGCAGCACUCGGGGGGCUCCCCCUGAACCCCCACCCCCCCACCCCAGCAGCCACAGCCCCUCCGGCAUGGCGCUGUCCCUGGCCGGCGAGCCGGGCCCCACGACGGCCGGAGACCCGCUGGGGAUGAGCCCCGCUGGGCUCGCCGCCUACUACCCGCCUUUCCUGCCCCCCGCGCAGUACUUCGAGACGACCCCCGACUUCUUGGAGCCCCUCAAGCCGCUGGGCAGGCUGCUCCCCUCCUCGCCGCCCUUACCCCCCUUCAGCAUCCCCGCUUUCCUCAGCCAGCCGGCCGCGCUGCCCGGCGAGCCCAUCCCCGGCCUCCCCUUGCCCCCUUACGCCAAACCUCCGCCCGUUUCGGCCCCCUCGGUCCCCUCGGAGGGGUCCCCCCCGGGGCCGGACACCCCUCGCCGGGCAGCCCGGCCGCCGGCGGACGGCGAGGCGGCGGGGCAGAGCUGCAGCUACCGCUUCACCGAGGAAGAGCUGAACGCCGUUCUGUACGGGGCGCUCCGCAGCAGCCAGCUGGCCGGCAGCCUGCACGCCAUCUCGGGGCUCAGGGUGCCCCCCGGCAGCCCGGGUGCUGCCCACUCCUCGUCGGCCCCGCCGCCGCCCGACAGGGACUCGCUGCAGCUGCCCGAAGGGCUGGCGGUGCUGAGGGUGGCCUACGGGGACCUCGCCCACCUCGGAGUCUUCUGCACGGACCCCAUCCCCAAAGGAGUCCGCUUCGGCCCUUUCCAAGGCAAAGUGGUCAACACCACCGAGAUCAAGACUUACGACGACAACUCGCUGAUGUGGGAGAUCUUCGAGUACGGGCAGCUGAGCCACUUCAUAGACGGCAAGGGCGCCUCUGGCAACUGGAUGUCCCUGGUGAACUGCGCCAGGUUCCCCGAGGAGCAGAACUUGACGGCGAUCCAGUGCCAGGGGCAGAUCUUCUAUGAGAGCUGCAAGGAAAUUUUGCCCAAGGAGGAGCUGCUGGUGUGGUACGGGGACUGCUACGUGCAGUUCCUGGGCAUCCCCAUCAGCCUGAAGGGCAUGCCGGAGGGGAUGAGACCCCCGCCGCACCCCGAAGACGCCGGGGAGAGCUUCAAGUGUGAGCGGUGCGGGAAGGUCUUCGCCUACAAGUACUACCGGGACAAGCACCUCAAGUACACCCGCUGUGUGGACCAGGGGGACAGGAAAUUUCCUUGCCAUCUUUGUAGCCGAUCCUUUGAAAAAAGGGACAGGCUGAGGAUCCAUAUUCUCCACGUUCACGAGAAGCACAGACCUCACAAGUGUUCAGUGUGUGGGAAGAGCUUCUCUCAGUCCUCCAGCCUGAACAAGCACAUGAGGGUUCACUCCGGGGAGCGCCCCUACAAAUGCGUCUACUGCAACAAGGCAUUCACAGCCUCCAGCAUCCUGCGCACACACAUCCGCCAGCACUCUGGAGAGAAGCCCUUCAAGUGCAAGCACUGUGGCAAAGCCUUCGCCUCGCACGCCGCCCAUGACAGCCACAUGAGGCGCACGCACAGCAGGGACAAUGGUGGCACUUGCUCGCUGUGCGGCCAGCACUUCCCCGAGCAGGAGGAUUACCACUUCCACAUGAAGACCCACGCUGCUCAUUAGUCAAAGGUGGAUGGGUCCUGGACCAGCUUCCUGCACCUCGGUCUCUGGAAGCAUCGUUUUGCUCUGGAAGGAGCGACACCGGUACCUCCAGGACCCCCCAGCCGGCUGAGAUGUGCGAUGGGAGAUUCGUCCGGCUGAUCGAUGGGAAAGGGUGCUAAAAUCUGAUUUAUCCAGAAAUGUCCCCCAGAAUACCCAGAGUGGCCCGCAGGAGCGUUACUUUAUCUCUGAACUAGCUUCCUCCCCUUCUUCUCAGGGUUUAUUGCCUGCACUAAUAGGGUCUCGGGUCUUUUCCUGAUAGAUGCCUGAAUGGUAGGCAGUAGAUUUAGAGAUAAUAAUGACAAUGACUCUGAUAAUGGCCGGCUCCGUAGCCCAAAGCUGACGGCGGGGAGUGUGAAAGGAUCCUGGCCCAGGCGGGCCCAGCACUUUCCUCCCUUCCUGCUGGGAGAUUAUCUCCACCCUCAGGAGUUUAACUUGCUCUGAGGGUCAGCCCUCUUUGACCCGCUCCCUUCUGACACCAGGAUUGACAUGUAAAGGUAUUUUCGAGCAUCCCUAUUGAUUUCAUCACAAUGGAGCCAUUGCGGCACAAUGGCCCAGCCCAGGGCUUUCUGGCCCUGGCAGCUGCUGCGUAGGGGCAGGGGAUGGAUGGAGCAGGAUGGGGCUCUGCCGAGCCUCGGUCCUGUGAGGGCUGGCUGCCACCGUCCCCAGGGCACCUUCUCCAAGGCAGUCAAGACAAGGUGGAAGCUUGCAGGAGAGGGAGGUAUUUGGGCAACCUUCUGAUCAAAUUGUUUGUAACCAAUAUUUAUUACGUCUUCUUUGGCACGCCCCAGAACAAGGAAAGUUUCCCCCUUGAUGAUUUCAGUGUGCUGGCCUCUGCCAGGUCCUUGUCUUGUCCUGCUGAAUAUAUCUUCCUAAUCCCGUUUGUUCAAUUCCUUUUGAUUUUCCAAGGGCAGAGCUUGCAUUUACAUGCCUGGUGAUGUGGUUGCUAGAUCAUUGCAUAUAUGCCUCCAUAACCAACUUCAGAAACUCAUGUAACACUCUACUAAGCUAAUAGCUCUCUGCCUUUUGGCAUUUGUCAGUGUAGGGCAUCUAUCCUCACUGUAGCUGGGGCUCUAGUAGCUGAACAGAAUAUCCUAGGCAGGUGUCCCUGAAUUCGUUUUCUACCCCUCUAUAAUAAAGUUAUUUAUUUGUUAUAGGCACUUAGGUAUACAUGGAAUUUCCGCCUGCAUUGCUAAAUUUCCUUUUGUGCAGACUUUCUCCUUGGAGCUGAAGCCCUUUUGUUAUUUUAAGUAGUGAACAAAUCGACACAACUUUGUACCUACUUAAAACUUUCAAGAUUAUAAUUAGCACAUAUAUGGGAAAAGAUCUAAGACAUACACACUCUUUAGAAGAAAGACAGAUGCUUGUAUUGCUUGAUUAAAACCUUACUGUCUGCUACGCCAGUUACACUGAUUAAAAUUUACUCCUUCAUUAACAGUGUCUUAAAUAAGUAUAUUUAUGUUGAGAUACUUAUGGCCUGUUAUACCUCUUAUUUCCUCAGUAAUAUUUAGUAGCUGUUCACUUCAUAUCCUGCCCAUAUUCAAGAGCCUGGUGGAAAGCAGGCACAACAAUUAGGGGCUGCUGCUAUAUGCUUAUUGCUUUAUAUAUUUCAGAUGUAAAAACAUGAGAACAUGAGUCUCUUGAGAUAGGCGGAGGCCUCUUGAUGAAUGAUGAAUUCAACAAAAGCCUGAAAGCCAGCCUCCUUGCUAUGAUAUUUACUACUGAACACCCACACUUCCCCAGGUGUAGGGGCUUGUAUGAAAGGGAGAAGUUCCCUUGGAAGAAAAAAAAUCACAUUAGAGGAUACUGAGAUUGUAUCACAAUGGACACACUGCAAGAAGCCAAAGAGGUUAAAGAGAAGAAGCAAACAAAUAAUUUUAAUUCCAGUGAA